CAUGAAAUGCCAGGAAAAGUUGCAGUAAAAAUUAAAGCUGGCAGGAAUCUGCCAGUUAUGGACAAAUCUUCGGAUACCACUGACGCCUACGUAGAAAUUAAAUUAGGAAAUGUUACCCACAAAACGGACGUUUGUCGGAAAAGUUUAAAUCCUGUUUUCAAUUCUGAUUGGUUUCGCUUCGAGGUUGACGAUGCUGAACUACAGGAUGAAAUUCUGCAAAUACGUCUUAUGGACUAUGACACCUAUUCGGCCAAUGAUGCCAUUGGCAAAGUGAAUAUUAGCUUAAACCCCUUGUGUUUGGAAACAUCGGGUCAGAGUCAUGGCAAAGGCACAGUAUUAUCGGGUUGGAUACCCGUGUUCGAUACAAUGCAUGGUAUUCGGGGCGAAGUGCAUGUAAUUGUUAAGGUGGACUUGUUUUCGGAUGCCAACAAAUUUCGUCAGAGUUCAUGUGGUAUACCUUUUUUUCAUUCUCCCUGCAUACCGACUGGCUAUCGGGCCCAAGUUAUCCAUGGAUUUGUUGAAGAAUUAGUGGUAAAUGAUGAUCCGGAAUAUCAAUGGAUUGAUAAGAUACGUACACCACGUGCAUCCAAUGAAGCCCGCCAGGUGGUCUUUUUAAAAUUGUCGGGACAAGUCCAACGUAAAAUGGGUCUGAAGGCCAUUAAUAUGGGUGCCAAUGCUGUUAUUGGUUAUACCCAGUGUUUUGAUUUGGAGGGAGAUGUUGGUGUUGUUGCCCGUGGUGUUGGUACCGCAGUCACUUUGAUAAAGGACACCACAAAUCAGCCAACCUCAGCAGAUAGUGCAUUAAUCGAAGAACGCACCCUAAAAUAUUUAGAAUUCCUUCGAGGUGGUAACUUUAGUACUUCCCAAAGACCCCAAACCUCUUAUUCCACUCAAUCGUUAAAUAAAUUAAAUUUUGAUCAUUUAACUAUGAAUGGCGGAUGCAGAGGCGGAGGAGGAGGUGGAGAUGAUUGUUCCGAUUCCGAUACCGAACAUAGUUCAAAUUUAAUGUUAAACCUUAUUCAACAAGAAGAGGGACGUGGCGAUAGACCCCUUAAGAAAUUCACCCAUAAAAUGCGUAAUUUUACAACUUCUUCACGCAACAUCUUCGGUGAUAAAUGUGCAUCGUUGAUGCGUAAAAUUGAUGAAAAUCAAUCCUCUUCAGAUGGUUCACGUUCCCUUAGUGGUGUCAUUUAUUUUCCCGGAAAGAAUCUUAAAAUACGUUCAGAAUCGAAUUCUAUGUUGGAUGUACGUAAGACUGCAGGAUCCGCCGGAUCACAUCAUUGGGCUGGCAGCAGCCGUAGUGAUAUGCUGGAAGGGGGGAAUAAAAAAUCCAAGGGUCUUCAGAAGACCAUACAUCCCAUUGUACGGUCUGUGAGUGAUGAUUCGGCAAUGAAACAAUCCGCAUCAGCGUCACAUGGUACAUGUGGCCGUAAUCAUCGUAAUAAACAUAAUUCGGCAAUUUAUGUUGAAUCAGAGUCGGCCAUAAAUACACAACCGACAAAAACAACAACAACGAAGAUGUGCAACGAAUCUACCAUAAAAAAUGAAGAAGAAAAAGAUUAUGAUGCUGAUUCGCUAAUCAAUCCUUGUAAAGAUACCACAAGUCCUCAGGUGAUACCCAUCUCAACCUUCUCCUCCUCCCCAAAGGAACUCUACCAUAAAACGGAGUUUUCUUUAUUUCAGCAGUCUCAGGAAAUGUCUCCAAAUAUAAGUGUAGCGGAAAUUGCAACCACCAAUAGAUGUUGUCUAUCCCACAACGAUUUAAAUUAUCUAACAAAAUCUUAUAGCUCGUCUCAGCCAGUUUUGCACUCACAAUCUCUUAACAAUUUAAAUGCUCCCAUGACUGCCCUAACUACUGCAGCAGCAAAUGCCAUUAAAACCAAACGCUCCUAUUGUCGUCCGGCAUCCAUUAUUCUAAAUGAUCCCACCAAUAAUGAUUUGUUUAGACAGCCCGUACUUAAAUUAUGUCCCUCCACGCCCACACCUUCCGAGUCGGAUAGUUUAGCAUCGCCCUGUAGUAGCUGUCGAGUAAAUGCCAUUUGUGGUGGGGGUGGUGGUCAUUCGUUAUCCCUUAGUCCACAUAAUUUAUUUAGUUUUACGAAUACCACCACUCUAAGUGAUCCCGAACAUUUGAAUCAUAGCGGCAAUUUCUUGCGAUUUCCUCCUUGUAAUCACAAUAAUGCGAAAUUUAUUGCCUCUAGCAUUAAUGAAAAUACUAGUACUAAUAAUAACAGCAAUAGUAAUGCCCAAAAUCCAUUGCUUGUACCAUUCAUUUCUAAUAAUAAUGCUGGAAUCACCAUCACCAACCACCAAAAUCAUCGUCAGCACAGAUCGUUAAGUGAAAUAGCUGCUGGCGGCAGUAGUAAUCAUUCAAACAAUAGCAGUCCACAUACCAAGGGUCAUCAUGUAUCGCCCGCCACCAUCAUGCCAAUGAAUGCCGAUGAAGAAGUAGCGGCCGCCAAGCUCAGCACAAUCAACACAAACUCCAACGCCAACACCAUCACCGCUACCGCGACCACCACCACUACCAACUCCACUACUAUUCCUUCCAAUGUAGGCAAUCGCAGUAAGCUAACACCCAGUCCAACACGUUCAGGUGUUGUUGCCACACCAGCUAGCAUACAAUCACAGUCGGAUAGUCUGUCAUCAGCCACCACCAUAUCAACGGCCACCACAAUAAUACCCAAGGAAAUGGGAGAAAUGUGUAGACGAUCUUCAGAUUCGGAUUUGAGUGUGACACCCAAGGGAAAUUCAUUUUGUGUGGCCAGUGAUCGUUUAAUGGCCGCCACGGCAAUGAUGCGUUUGGGACAAACAGUUGUGGGUAAAAAUGCCACCGGUGAGGGUAUGGAUAUGUUGGAAUAUCCCUUCUUAACGAUGACAAAAUAUCCCCCUGGUUUGAUACUACAUAUUGGUGCCACGGUAGCUGCUCGUUCAGUUAAGUUAUUGGAACGUGUACCCAAUCCAGAUGAACCGGAAAUAAGAGAUUCUUGGUGGACAGAAUUGCGCAUGGAAAUCCGUUCCCAUGCCCGUUCAUUGGGUUGUAAUGUGGUACUUGGCUAUUCGGAAUCAACAACAAUUUCUGAUGAUGUGUGCGUCCUUUCGGCCACCGGCACAGCAGCCAUUAUUAAUAUGGGUUACAAUCGUUCUAUAUCCCAAAGUGAUAUAUUCAAUAUAACAAAACCCACGGGGGGCAGUGUUAUGUCGGCCUCAUUGGAAGAACGUAAUAUGGGCAGCAGUGAGGUAUCUGGCAAAGAUUCAGGGGCCAUUUCAAAUGGUUCGGCCGGCAAAAAGUAUGGAUUCCCAUCGAUGAUGUUAACCCCCAAAACAUCAUGUACAAUUUGUCAUGUUCCCUAUAAUGCCAAUACGAUACCGUUUAGUGUAAAAAUGAAGAAGUGUGCAAUAUGUGGUAAAGGUCGUGUUCCUGAUGUACUAUUGGCUACCCUAGAGGUACCGGAUUGUAUACAAGUGACAGGUCGUGGUUGUUUCCUACAAGCUCAAGUUGUACGAGCCAAAAAGGAUUUACGUUCCGAAUCAAAUGCCAAGGAAAUUUCCGAUGGUCUACCAUUUCUGGAAUAUGAAUUACAUCGUGUCCUGAUCAACAAAUUAAAGGCAAAGGGUAUGAAUGCAAUAUUCGGUUUACGGGUCCAGGUUUCAAUUGGUGAACGUAUGCUGGCCUUAGUUGCCACCGGUACGGCCCUUUUCAUUACGGCAUUACCCAUACCGCAAGUACCGAAAAUAGUUGCCGGCAAUUCAUGGACCGACAAACAGAAACUAAACGAAUUGCAAAAGAAGUUGCAGGAGACAUUUGAACGCUAUCAGGAUAUCUAUCAGCUGAAACCAUUGGACCAAGAAAUGUUAGAUAAAAGUUCCGAUACCGAUGAAUCCGACGAAGAGGGUGUAGAUAUCGAUUUAAAUUGUGGUAAUAAAGAUACAUGUGUUCUCGAAGUAGAUGAUAUUGAAGAUUUAGAGAUAAUUUCGUUGUUAAUGGAACAACAACCACCGGAAGGUUUUCAUGUUGUGAGUACGGAGAAAGUGCCCGGAAUGAUGGAUAUGGAAGCGGUCAAAAAUCUACAGAUGUUUACACAAGUAUGGAGGGCCAAGGCGGAUGGUGGUCAAAGUGUUAGUGGAUUUCCAAAACAUUUUCAAAGACUGCUGCAGACAAUAUAUUUCAAACUGCGUACCAUGAUUCCCUGUGCCAUUUGUGAUUUAAAAUUUAAAUUGGAUUUCCCGGAAAGUGAUCAAAUUCAAAUAUUAGUUACCGGUAUGGCAUUAGGACUGGGUGAUCCAUCUAAAACAAAAGCACGACGUAAACCCGUAUCUAAUGGUCAAUUGGUGGAUAAUGCAGCAAAUGCAAUGUCCGUUGUACAACAACAACAGCAACAACAUCAUCAAACAAUGGAUCAAAAAUCGACAUGUGAUGAAGAUUAUAUAUUUCCUUUGGAUGAGGACCAAAUGGUGGAGACACCAACGCCCGCCACAAAUAUACCAAUGUUUGGUGCGCAACUUUUUAAAAAUCGUAAAUCUUCACCGAUACAAUUAACAACGGCUCCGGGAUCAAUUAAACAGAGAUUUAAUCGCAUGUGUGAUCGUAAUGGUGUAGAUAUUACGCCAAUGACAUUCAUACCCGGUGGAAAAAUUGAAAAAUAUUUAGGAAAUUUAAAUUUCUUCUUUAUACGCGAAAGUACAUCUAUACGAGAAAAUGGUGGUAUAAGCGGCUUUGUACAUGGCUUUAUAACAGAGCUAUUGGCAGUGGUACGAGCCCAUAUUGCUUCAUUGGGUGGCAAUGCCAUGGUCUCGUAUUAUAUAAAUGAAUUAAUUUUAUUCGAUAACCAGCAUAAAAAUCAGGGCCAAUGUUUAAUAAGCAUUGGUGGUGAUGCUGUUUAUGUUUCAUAUCAAAAUGAUGACUAA